AGCCGAUUUCAUUGGUCAGCGUUCAUUCUUGGCCCGCAACCGGUACGCUAGCGCUUUCAUUUUCAGUCUCCGUUUAACUAGCAGAAAACACUACUAAGAUGGGUAAGGAUAUCAUUGCUGGCGGCAAGAGUACGGGCCGCAAGUCCCGCACGGCCCCCAAGUCCGAGAACGUCUACCUCAACCUUCUCGUCCGCCUCUACCGCUUCUUGGCCCGCCGUACGGACGCCAAGUUCAACGAGGUCGUCUUGAAGCGCCUGUAUAUGAGCCGCACGAACCAGCCGCCGAUGUCGAUUGCCCGUGUCGCUCGCUACAUGAAGAACAAGGAGGACAAGAUCGCCGUUGUCGUUGGCACGAUCACGGACGACAUCCGCCUCUUCGACGUCCCGAAGCUCACGAUCGCCGCCCUCGGCUUCACGGAGGGUGCCCGCGCCCGCGUCCUCGCCGCCGGUGGUGAAAUCCUCACCUUCGACCAGCUCGCGCUCCGCGCGCCCAAGGGUGCCAACACGGUGCUCCUCCGCGGCCGCAAGACGGCCCGUGAGGUCUACCGCCACUUCGGCCACGCCUCGACGCUCGACUCGGUCCACACGCACGACCACGUCAAGCCGUACGUGCGCUCGAAGGGUCGCAAGUUCGAAAAGGCCCGUGGUCGCCGAAAGAGCCGUGGCUUCAAGGUCUAAGCUACCAAAUAGUUUGGACGGAGAUGCUACACCUGCUGUGUUGCGCAACUAUCUUGCUGUAAUUGCCAAUACAAAAACGAGACGCUUGGAGACUAAGCUGUUAUCUAUGAGAUGCUCUUGUUUCCCCAACCCUA